CACACUCGCACACAUACUUUUACCCCCUGCUGACGUCCCCAAACCGCCAUUACUAUCGAUUUGAGGGUGCACUACCUACUGGACCAGUCUUCGACUGGCAUGACACGAGGGGGCACUGGCUCGCCUCCAAAGUGCCAAAGACAGAGAGAGGGAGAGAGAGAGAAGAAAGGACUACAACGUACGAGAUCAAGAACUUGGAACGGAGCAAGAGGAAUGCAUAGUGUGGGUACGUUUAUUAUUCCUGGACGCCAUUCAGCAUUCAGCAAUACUCCCGCUUCCUGUUACAUUUCUCAUCGCGUGUGUUGCCAAUUUGUUCGACAUUCAUUGACGACGCCCAUGGACGGACGACGUGUGCGUUCUGUGUUCCAGCUCCUGUUUCUGUUUCUGUUCCAGUUCCUGUUCCCUGCUCCUGCGACUGCUCCCAGAACUGACUGACUGCACUCGCGGCUGUCGUCGCUGUUUGUUCUCAAAACCAAAUUUAGACGUAA